CCAUGAGAAAAGCCGGUUAGCAGCAAGCACCAGUUUCUCAAUGGAGCACCUUCGUUCACUGGGAUUUCUUCUGUUUCUAUCACUGGUUUCGUUGUCAUUUGGUGGCUAUACUCGUAGUUCAGAUUCCCAAAACUCAGUGACCUGUAAUCCCAGUGACUUAAAGGCCUUGACUGAUUUCUCAACCUGCUUAGAAUCUGCCAUUCUUGACUGGAACAGCUCUUCAUCUUCCUCCUCUGAUUGCUGCACUUGGCCUGGUGUUACAUGCGGUAACAUAACUGGUUUAGGCACAAAGGUGGUAAGCUUGGAGCUUAGCAACAGAGCACUUACUGGAAGAUUAUGUGUCCCCCUAGCAGGUUUUGAUCAACUGAGAAUCUUAAACGUGUCUUACAAUUUCUUUACAGGGUUUCUUCCUGAUGAAUUGUUUUAUUUGCAAAACUUGGAGGGAACAUUCCAGAAAGUUUAGGUAAUUGUUCCUCUUUGCAACAUCUAUCCAUCAAUGGAAAUAGUCUAUUAGGGAGAUUACCCAAAAGCAUAGUUCAUCUGCAGAAUCUGAAAGAACUAUAUUUGCAAUACAAUAAGCUCUCAGGACCACUGAAUGGUAAAAUUGGUAACCUGUCAAACCUAGUGAAACUAGACAUCUCUGAAAUGGGUUUUCUGGAAUUCUCCCAGAUAUCUUUGAGAGCCUCAUGAGACUUGAGAGUUUCUCUGCAAGAUCAAACAAUUUCACAGGUCAAAUGCCUACAACACUGGUAAAUUCUCCAUCUCUUAAGGUGCUCAGUUUGGCUAAUAACUCUUUUAGUGGUUCCAUUAAUGUGAAUUGUUCUGCAAUGAAAAACCUUACUUCCCUUUGUCUUUCUGCCAACAAGUUUCUUGGUACAAUCCCUGGUAGUUUAUCAAAAUGCCCUAGACUGGAAGAAAUUUCUCUUUCCUCCAACAAUCUCAGUGGUGAAGUUCCUGUUACCUUAAAAAAAAUUUCAUCUUUAACCGUCCUUGGACUUUCAAGUACUGGUCUGCGUAAUUUGUCUUCAGCUUUAAAUGUUUUACAGCAUUGCAGAAACUUGAGCAUUCUAGGCCUUCCAAAUAACUUCAUCAACGAAGAAAUGCCACAAGAUCGUAUUGUAGGAUUCAAAAGUCUGCAGGUUUUAGUGUUGGCCAAUAGCCAAAUCAAAGGCUCAGUCCCAAAGUGGUUAAAGGGAUGCAAGAUGUUGCAGUUUGUGGAUUUGUCAUGGAACUCUUUGAGUGGAAUCAUCCCUUCUUGGUUUGGCAAGUUGGAUCAUCUCUUUUACUUAGACUUGUCGAAUAAUUCUUUGACUGGUGAAAUCCCAGAAAGCUUGACCAUGAUUUUGGGAAUACAGAACAGCAAUUUCUCAUCCCGAGGGACUAGUUAUUCAUCUUCAUCAUGCACUUACCUUUCCACCGUUAAAGGAGAUAAUACUGAUCAAACAAGACAACCAAACAGGUUGGAAUAUGACAGAGUUUCAAGGCUUUGUCCAUCUCUAGUGCUGAGUCACAACAAGCUUGAAGAACCCAUAUGGCCAAGUUUUGGAAACCUGAAAGGCCUUCACGUGAUGGAUCUAAAACACAACAGACUCUCAGGAACUAUUCCUGAUGAGUUAUCAGAAAUGACAAUGUUGGAGAUUCUAGAUUUAUCUUAUAACAGACUCAGUAGGGAAAUACCACCAUCGUUGGUAAAGUUGAGCUUUUUAUCUGCAUUUGAUGUGUCUUAUAAUCAGUUGCAGGGGAAAAUGCCGGAGGGAGGUCAAUUUGAGACAUUUCCAUCAUCAAGCUUUGAGGGAAACAUGGGGCUUCGUCUAUCUGGUUCUGUUCCUUCUGAAGCCGAGGAUGUUCCUCGUCAAAAGUUUCACCACAAAGAUGACAAGAUAGUAGGUUUGCCAUUUGGAUUCGGGGCUCUAACUGGUUUUGUCGUAGCCUAUACCAUUUGUUUCUCCCUUGGUUGGAGGUCUUCAUGGGCUUUUAGAAGAAGUGUACACAAGCGAAGGAUGAAUUAACGUGGUUAAUCACUCGCUGUGUCUGGGUAUUAUCAUUUUCAACUGAACUUCUUGUGCAUCGACUGGGAUUGGUCACUUUUAAUUCACAUAUGGUUAUGAUUUGGGGUGGUUUUGAAAUUUGAAUUAUUUAUUAAUAUGUAAUGUUUC